AAAGCUAAUAAGUUGGGAGUUCUUGAAUGGAUGUUUAAUCAUAUGUCAAUCAAACCAUCGGGAUGUGUAGCUAUUGAUGUUCGGUCCUGUUUUAUGGGAUUUUAUUUCAAAGCUGAAAAGAGUAGCCUGACGUUUUACUUAAACGAAUCUGGACUCAAAAGUAAAUUGGAUAUGCCUAUUCACCACAUGAACAAAUAUUAUGAAAGGGCAUUAAAUAAAACAAAUGUUACAACAGCCAAGCAGAUGCGUGAAGUAGCCAAAUAUUGUAUUAUUGAUGCUAUUAGCUGUCAGCAGUUAAUGGUAAAGCAUAAUGCAAUUAACGAAUACAGGGAGAUUGCAAGCAUAGCCUUUUUAUCAUUAUUUGAUGUACAUUACUUUGCAGGAGGGAUGAAAGUAUGUAAUCAUUUAGGUGUCAACUUUGCAUCAUUAUAUCCAAGCCUUAUCAUGACAUAUAAUCUCUCACCUGAUAAAAUGAUUUUAUCCCAAGAGCAUGCUGAAUCUUUAAAGAAAAGUGGUAAAAAGCUUCAUGAAAUUAAUUUCAAAUUCAAUGAAUAUGAUUCAGUUUGUUUUGAUUAUUCUUGCUUUAAUACGCAACAAAAUGCUAUUAAAGUGUAUAUGAAUUCAUUUUAUAGCACUGCUGGGAAUAGUAAAUCCCCUUUCUUCUUGCGUGAAUUGGCUGGAAGUGUCACAUCGGCUGGACAGAAAAAUAACAAACUUGUUGCGGAUUUCAUUGAAAGCAAGGGUUUUCAGAAAAAAUAUGGAGAUACUGAUUCUUUAUAUCUAGUCUGUCCAGAAGAAUGCUUUUAG